CCCCUCUAUAUUACCCAUUCUACUUGUGCACGCACGCAUACACACCUGCACUCUCUCAAUUACCCUUUCUCUCUCUGUAUACACACACACACACACAUCUCCGUACACUCAUACACAAUUAAAAAGCAUCGUUUACCCCUCUCUCUCUUUCUCCGUAUAUCUCUCUCAUCUACUCAUUCACUCCAAUUCACACACACACACACGCGCGUACUCACACAUAUAUGAACGUAAACGUACGCACACAAUUGCAAAUUCUUCCUCCUUCUCUCUCUCUCUCCGCCUCACCCACUCACUUUCUUGUAUACGUAUAUUCUUAGAUACAAUCAUCCGUACACGCACACGACAACACUGACACAUGUAGACAGCCAAAGAAGGUGAGAAGAACUCAACGAAAAGAAUGUUUCCUACCAACAAACAACAUGGUUUUAUGUAGCACAUCCAUUCUCAAUAGGAAAACGUCUCGUUCUGACAUUUGCGUCAGUUUUUAAAAGUAAGUACAACGUAGGAACACAAUUCUGCCGAUCGCCUUCAUCACUUGUCUUCUUACUUGCUCUUCUCUUCAUGUUUUGUUGUGGAAUGGCAAAAACAAAAAUAUGGAAACAGGAAAAAGUACCUUGUUAACAAAUGAUAACGAAGAAGAAAAAGAAAAAGAGAAAGAAAAAAGAAAAACAUAAGAAAACGUGGAGGUGUUGUUAGUAACAAGAAAUAGCGGGAAGAAAGCAACUAAAAAAGACAUUCAAGUCAUAAACGCACAGAAAAUUAACACAACACGUUAUUAACACCAACAGCAGUGAAUAUCUUCUUUUGUAAUAGGAAAUUUUAAAACAGUAGCAAUAGUAAUGACAAUAGCUUCUUCUAAUGUGGUUUACAAGGACAAAACAUCAGAUUUAUAAAAGGAAACAAGGAAAUGAUGUGUGUAUGACGUUCAAAAUAUCUGAAGAAAAUGUGAAUGAAAGAACAUUAAACAGAUUCAGUGAAUGAAUGAAUGAAUGAAAGAACACUGAACGAAGUUAAUUAAAGAACGCUGAACGAACUAAAUGAAUGAAUGAAUGAACACCAAGCGAACUCAAUAUGAGGAAAGGAAUAUGAAACUAAAAUAACUUAGAAAAAUAAAUACGGAAAGGAAACAGAUGAACGGGGAAAUACCCAAGAAUCAAAACAAAAGAGAAGCGUUAGAUUAGAGAGAAAGAGAAAGAAAAUUUUUAAAAAACGGCAUUUGUUAUCGAGGAGACCGAACACAUUUGAAAAUGGAAAAACUAAGGAUAAAAAAUUAGGAUAUAAUCUAGUUGAAAAAAUGAUGGACUUGAUGAAUAAAAUGAUGUGACUCUCUAUCUAACCCUUACACUCAAUUACUAUGGCUCUUUAUACAGUGCCAUAUUGUAACUUUUUUGGAAUUAUAGCAGACUCUCUGUUACUGGAUUUAAUUUACGGUCCUAACAUUACUUGGUCAUCCUAAGGUGACCAACUGCAGCUAUGUGGAUCUCGUUCUAACCGGUUCCGUCCUUAACUUGUCCCAAAACGGAUCGGAGUUUUUUAUAUAUUACAUUUUCACCGAAUGUUCACAUUCCAAACAUGACGUUAUUGUGUUAUAAACCUGUUGCAACUGCCUCAUUUAGACGUCAUCUCUGUUAAUUAAUGAUUAAUACUGAUUGGAUAUUGUUGCUUGUUGCUUAAGAUUGGAAAACUUCCCUUACCAUUCAGAACCAACAUCAGCUACCCGCGGAGCCUGUGUAGAAAAAAGAAGACCAAACACAAAAUACUAACAAACAAACAAACAAAAUAACCACAUCAAAGCAAUUGUUUGGAUUUACGUUAUCAGUAAGCUUUAAGGAACAAGGAAUAAACAAACAAUAAACACACACACACACAAAACCACCCCUUGAACAAACGAAACAACAACAGCAACAACAACAAAAAAAUUCCUAUAAAUAUCUAUAAAAAAAAAACAAAAAUAAGACUUCCUCCAUGUUUCAGAAAUAAUAAUAUAAUACCUGGUGGAGCAACUACUUGUACCUGCUGCUGUGUUGUUGUUCUUGUUGUUUUUGUUUGAUGCACAUAUCUUUUUAUUAUUAAUGAAUGGAGAUAUGCAGAUUGUAGAGUUAAGAAACAGAUGAACAGAAAUGGCUGUGGACAGAAUGGUAGAGUUCCUGUUCCUCUUCAAAGUAGUUCAGUAACAGCUCCACGUCCUUUCUCUUGCUUCCCAAACACCAGUACUGGCGAUGGAUCGACUCAAAGUGUAGCGCCCUCUUUGCCCCUUCGUCCUGUUCACAGCAGCCUUCUCCCCGGCUACACUGCUCCGACUAUUGUCCAAGCUGCAGAAAGCUUGCAUACCGUGCGCACAGCUACACAGCCUGGUCUGGAGAUGCAAUCGGUUCUUAACAGCAGCCAAUCGUCCAUUGGCAGCUUAUUUCGGCCUUCUCCAACUGUUGCUGAUCCGGCUCCAAGGAUUUACCACGCUGGCCAAUACGGUAACUCUCUCUAUACAACAGCCAAUAGCUCACUAGCUUCAUUUUCCUCUCUUUAUAGCAUUCAUGGACAGCCAGCUGGUCAUCUAGCAUCUGGUGCUGUGUCACCUUAUAAUACAUUCUACCCUCAAUACCCCCAAGGCUACUCACCCAGUUGCCUGUUGUCACCAGCUGGUCACUACCCUCACUUGGACUCCUACUCUGCUGUCCUCGCCAGCAUGGGCAGCCACACCCAACAUGUCAGCCAAUCGCAGCUACCUCACACAUUCAUGCCAACUCAUAUAUCACAAUACUCUCCACUGUCCUCUCAUCGGAAUGCGACUCCGACCACUUCUCCCAGCUCCGCCGGCAACCUCGGACACUCGCCCAGCCAGUCAGCUCUUAUGCAUCAACACUCUCCCAAACAAGAACAAAUGAGGGAUUCGCUCGCUGAGGCUGCGACUGUCGAUGGCUACAGUCACUCGCCACGUGGAGUUGCCCCUUCUCAUAGUCUUUCAAAAGAGGAUAAGUCUCACUCAGCCUCAUCACAACAACAACAGCAACAACAGAAACACUUGCACUCUCGUCAGUUAUCUCCCUUAUCGACUCAGAAUAAAACCAGUUCUUUACUGAAGGACACUACAACCACCCCCAAAACAGAUCUCAAUAAGGACUUGGGUUACAAGGUACCAAGUGGCAAAGAGGGUAGUUUGAAACACCGUAUACUCACCCGGCCACCCAACAUCCAAAUCAACGAAUCUCCAGUCGUAGAGCCAGAGCAAGUAUUGUCCGCUGGGGCAAAGACUUAUCAUCAUAAGUCGGAAGCCAUAUCGCCGGCGAAACGGUCAAAGUCGAUCAGCGAGAUGGCAUCGACAGGCUGUGAAAUGGGAAUUGGACAACACCAACACCCACAUCAACAACAACAACAACAGCAACAACCACAACAACAACACCAACCACAUCAUCAACCGCAACUACACGGGACAAGGACAUCGCCUGGAAUACCUAACACCCCUAUGACACCACACCUUCACUAUCCUCCGCAUUUCAUCAAGGGUUCAAUCAUUCAGCUUGCCAAUGGUGACCUGAAGCGUGUUGAAGAUUUACAGACAAACGAUUUCAUUCACAGUGCCGAGAUCAGUGCUGACCUCAAAAUUGACUCCAGCACCGUGGUACGCACAGAUGAAAAUGUUGACCUUGGAACCACUAUUCUCAGCUUCCUGGUUGGUGAAAAUAAAGUUCAGGUGACUGUGGAAGCCACCCUGGAACAUCCUUUCUUUGUUUUUGGUAAAGGAUGGUCAUCAUGUUGUCCCCAACGAACGAUAAAGCGCUAUGGACUUGACUGCCACAAGUUAUCAGUUGGGGAUGUCUGCAUAUCUUUGACACACAAAGAAGCGCCCAGAGAUAUGAUCCAUCCCCAAUACCCGCAGAGCUUUAAGGGGACCAAAAUCGACGGAGAGGCCCACUCCAACUUCCGAACUGCUAGUACUACUUCUACUAUGAAUACAACUCUAUCCACAACAUCAGCAUCAUCCCCAGUGUCUAAUUGCCAACAAAACCAAUCAACUUAUUUAAGUCGGCACUGCAGCCCUCCGGCAGCUAUGAGCUUCGGUCAUAAACAAACUACAACACACAGUACCGAGACUCAGACAAAUUUAGCCCCAGAAGAUAUUAGUAGCAAUAAAAAUGGCACCGCUACCAACACUAGCAAUAACGGUAGUGGUUUAGGGGUUCAACAGGUACGCAAAAGGCGUUGGUCAGCUCCGGACAAAAUAAAAGUUGAACCAAUUGCUGAGUUCGACAAAUCGGCUUCCAUUAUUGCUGAAGACAGUAAAACCAACGUCACCAAAAAUGACUGAGAACUUCUGUGGAUGUAUCUAUGUGUGUGUGUGUGUGUGUGGUAGUGUGAACGCGUGAGUGCAUGUGCAAUAGUAGGAUGAGGUGAUAUUUACUGCUGCUAUUGAGUAGUCUAAUAAAGGGGUAGAGGUGGAGUGAAAGAAGGGGUGGGGGUUGGGGAAUAUGUGGCAAUGGUACGAAAAGAAAGAGGGAAUAAAACUGUGGACUAAAUGAAAAAGGUGAAUGGAUUUCAUAGGGAAAAUCUCAAAUGUUUAAAGAAAGAGGAAGAUGAAGAAAUGGCUAAUUUGCAAAUAAGGAAUUUUUAAAAAAGACAAAUGUGUUAAAAAAGUUAAUUGGUUAAAUUUAAUGAAGUUUUAUUACUGUCUAUCAUAUACAUAACAUAUAUAGAUAUAGAUAUAUAAUAUAUAAAUA